AUGGAAUACGAUAAUGAUGAAAAUACAUGGAGGCGGCCAUCAUCACUUAAAUUAGAACAAACAGCCUGCCACACAACACCGAGAAGAUCAACUACCAUUGCUGUUGUUGUAUUAGGAUUAGCGGUACUCAGUUGUCUGCUGGGAUACUGUGUUUUAAGCGAAUCACUUCCUUACGAGUCUAAAACGUUGCGCCUUGUAAUUAUUUUAUUCCGGCAUGGGGCAAGAACUCCUGUUAAUAGUUACAAAAGUGAUCCAUUUAAGAACUAUCAAUGGCCUGAUGGGCUUGGAAGUCUGACUAAUGCUGGAAAACUACAACUUUAUGAAUUGGGCAAGAAAUAUCGAAACUAUUAUGCUAACUUCAUCCCAGAAGAAUAUUAUGAAAAGGACGUCUAUAUUAAGAGCAGUGACAAAUCUCGGUGCCUGAUGAGUGCAUACACUUUCUUAGCUGCCCUUUAUCCACCCUCGGAACGUCAAUUAUGGCAUCCUGAAAUUCCUUGGCAACCAAUUCCUGUACAUUCGCUACCUAAGCAUUUGGAUGAUAUAGUAGCACAGACCAAACCUUGCAAAGUUUGGAAGUCAAUGUAUCAAGAACUGUUAGAUGAGAAAAAUGCCGAUCCUAAAUUCGCCGAGCUCUUUGAUUACCUGAGCAAACACACAAAUCAGAGCAUGCGCAGCGUUUUAGAUGUAGACUUCUUGUACAGCACGCUACUAGCACAACAGGAUGCUGGACUGAAGCUUCCAGAGUGGACAAAGAACGUAUUCCCAAAUAAAAUGCGCACGCCAUUUAUGCUCAGCUUAGCUUUAUUAUCAUACAAUAAAACAUUGCAAAGGCUGAAAGUAGGGCCUAUCUUAGCUGAAAUUAAGAUAAAUUUACAAGAGACAGUGAAUCGUGCAAACUCUGACCGUUCUCUGUUCUUGUAUUCCGGUCAUGACGUAAACGUGGUCGCGCUUUGGCGAGCGCUUGGAUAUGAAGAGUUACUCGAGCCUGAAUAUGGCGCCAGCCUUGUGUUGGAGCUCCAUGAGGAGGUGGAACAAGAUAGCUUUUUUGUCAAGUUAUUCUAUCGAAACAACACUAAAGUCGAAAUUCCAAUGGAACUAAAUAUGCCGUUCUGCGAUGACCCCUGCACUUACAAACGAUUUAUCCAGCACAUCGAGUCACUAAUACCUGCCGACUGGGAAGCAGAAUGUCAAAAUUGA